AUGGCACUAACUAUUCCAGUCAUGGCAAUACUCACAGCCGCCACUUGUGGUAAUAGCCUUCGCUUCCCAAAUCCCCAAAAUACGGCCGUCAUCCAGUACAGUUCCUCAUUGGUGGCCAUCCUGGAUCGGUACUACAUUUCGAACCAUUCGGCUACCCGUAUUUCGCUAGCCGACAAUGAGGAGGGAAUUUCGCUGCCCAAAUCGGAAGUGCUGAACCAAGUUAUGGGGUCAAUGUCCCAGGAUAUUGCCUUUGCCUUCAACACCCGCAACAGCCGACCGAGACGACCGUAUUACUAUAAUAUGUUUUUCGUGAACAAUUACGCCGAACUGCGGAUCAUUUUGGAUCAGCUGAGCCCAAUGAGGUACGAGUACAGCGGUCAGUACUUGGUGGUGAUUUGUUCGCACGGAAUUGUUGAACGUAGUGUUUUGCUCCAAAUAUUUGAUGACCUUUGGAACUUUCAAAUAUUGAAUGUCGUUGUAGCUGUGAGUGACUUGGAUGCCCCCGGUGAACAACAGGAGAUAAUUUUGUACAGUUAUUUUCCGUUUCGUGAAGACUACUGUGAAAAUACCGAGCCCAUUGUUCUGCGGCGAUGGUUUGCUAGUAGCGUAUUUGACUAUUCCGUUGAUUUGUUCCCAAAGAAGCUCGUAGACUUCAACGGCUGUCGACUGAUGGUGGCAACCUUCCAUUAUCCACCCUAUAUUAUUGUGAGCGAUGAUCCGAUCACUGGAAAGAAGAGCUUAUCGGGAAUUGAGGGAAACAUGCUGGAUAUGAUUGCAAGAAAACUGAAUUUCACUAUGGAGGUAAUACAACUAAAGGGAGAAGUCAAAUGGGGGGCAAUAAAGAACCAAACUGCUGUAUCGGGGGCAGUAAAGUUGGUUGCUGAUGGCGUUGCCAACAUGACGGUUGGCGCCUUCUCGAUGCACGGUGAUCGAAUCGCAGUAUUGAAGCAGAGCUCUAGCUACUACACGGUAAAAUUGAUCUUCACCGUACCGCCAGGUCGCUCUUAUACCGCAUUCGAGAAACUUUUCCGUCCCUUCGCCUUCCUGACAUGGGUUGUGCUCAGCGCUUACCUGAUAAUUGGAGUAUCAAUCAUUUUCAUCAUGCGGUACGUCAGUCGUUCAGCACGAAGCUUCGUUUACGGCUACGGGAUUCAAAUGCCGACCUUGAACGUCUUCAACGUGUUGUUCGGAGGUGCUAUGACCCGUACCCCGGCGAGGAAUUUCGCUCGUACGCUUCUAUUCCUGUGGAUGUACUAUUGUUUGAUUAUUCGAUCGCUAUACCAAGGAUCGCUCUUCGAGUACCUUCAACAGCAGAAGAACUUCAGUCACCUGAACACCCUCCAAAAAAUAGAAGCAGCAAAGCUAACCUAUCUACUGGCGAAUGCUUCAAAAACGUCGGUGGCUGCAAUGCCUUUCAUACUCAAGCGAUACAAAACCAUCCAGGAUGAUUCGGCUUCGUUCUACGAAGCUUUCCGGAACCAGAGUCAGCACCGGGAGAAUGUGGCAAUCCUGACCACCAAUGAACAUGCGCUCUAUUUCAACGAGAAAAACUACCUCCAGGGUAUAGUGUACAUUGCCGACGAUGUAAUACUGCGGCAGCCGAUUUGUUUGUACUUUGCGAAAAAGUCCUGCCUUCCGGCGCAGAUCAAUUCGGAAAUUGGACAGAUUGUGACGGCAGGAAUAUUCGACGCCUGGUUGAAUCAAUACGUUGGUCACAGCUUUCACAAAGUAAGGGUGUCGAAGCAUCACGCGCCGAUUGUGAUGACCGUGGAACAUCUGCAGGGAUGCUUCCAGAUGUUGUUUUUCAUGCUGAUGGUCGCCGUUAGUGUUUUUGCGGUGGAAUUGUUGGCUAGUAGAUCGCACAGGGUACGAGCCGCAGUUGAUUUCGUGGUGAAUUCCGAAAUUUGA